GUGGUUAUAUAAUGUGAAUAUGUUUAAUAUAUUUUUCACAUAAAAUGUAAAUUAUAAUUAUAUAAUGUUGUGAAAUAAUUGUUGAUUCAAUAAACAAUGGGUGAUACAGAUAACACUGCAAUUCCAGAAUGGAUGAUUAGGCCUUGCGAUAUGUAUGAUGAAGAAUAUGAUGAUUGUAGAAGUAUUAAAGCUAGAUUUCAUCAGUACUUUAUAUUUGGCAAAGAGUUAGAUUGUGAACAGUGGAAAACUGAUUAUAACAAUUGCAUAAAAUAUACGAAAAAUAAUGAUCUACAAGCCGCACAGGAAUUAAUAGAUAGUGAAACAAAUAGGCGACGAGAGCGUUUAAAGGGUCACUAUGGAAAUACUACAUGGCAGAAACGAAAAGAGCCACCACACGACUGGAAUAAACCUUUACCUGAAUGGCUAGCUAAGCAAAACGAACAUUCAUAUUUAGAAAUUAGAAAGAAAGAAUUAGUGAAGGAUGGUAAUUCAUUGGCAGAUAGAACAUUUUGUGUUAUAAUGUAG